AUGAAGAGAUAUUCAAUUGCACCACCAUCUUCCAGAAGGAAAUCCAUGAACCCAGGAUCUGUGGAUGAUUCCAAUGAAAGAUUAUCACAAGCUAUGGAAUUGGAAAAGUUGGAACAACAAAUCACGUUAGUUUUACAACAAAUUGAUACUAAUUUAUCUAAAUCUAACUCAUUCAUAAAUGAUAAGAUCUUCCCCAUAUUAAGGAGUUAUUCCAAUUCUUGUGAUAAUGUAUGGAAGAAUGUCAAUUACUGGAAGUAUUUCUUUGAACAAUCGGCUAAUAUUGAGUUGGGAACUAAUGAAUCGGAAAUUCCUGAUAUCAAAUCUAUCACAGAGAAUAAUAUCCUUUUAGAUACCGAGACAGAUGAUCUUGAUAAUAAGACCAAACAGGUAAAGAAACCUUUGUUCAAAGGAACACUCGAUGAAUCUACACCUACGUGGUCUACAGAACCUCAAGCUAUACGGAAACUCGAAAGUGAGAAUGCACAACCUAAAGUUGAUAAAUCUCCUCAAAAAGAAGAAGUGACGUUUAAUAAACGAAAAUCGUUAGACAAAUAUCAAAACUUUAUUGUGAGUCCACGAAAGAAACAUUCAAGUGAUUUCGAAAGAAGAAGAAGAUCAUCCAUCAUCCAAGAUUUACUUAAUUCAUCUCCCACAUUACCUGAACCACCGUUCUUGGAAUCAGAGGCAUAUAUUCAUUCUGAUCAUAGAAGUGACAAAGAAAGUAAUUUACAAAGUGAAGAUUUUGAGGAAAGACUUAGGCGAUUGAACAGAUCACCUGGUGGAUUACCUUUAACACCUAAAUUGAAAAGUACCAGAACUUCUCAUAUCAAAACACCAAUAGAGAUUAAAAAUUAUGAUACAAAAGCUCCAGAAGUUGAAGUGGAAACAAAGUCAGAUGAUGAACCCGUUUUCCCCGAUUUGGAAACCAUAGAUAUUCAGAAAAAGACCGAAGAAAUACUGAAGAAAAGGAAACUUGAUGAAGAUAAUAUCUUUCUUGAUGAUAACAGUAGGAAUAAUUCAGUUCAAUCUACAUUAUACCAUUCAAUGUUAGAAAAAAGUGGAGAAUUUAAACCAGAUUUAGGUCCUAAACCCGAUUUAGCACCUGAACCAGAUUUGAGUAAUCAAAUUUUUGAAAAUAUUGAUAAACAAAGUGAACAAGAAGUUAUCAAAGAAGAUACUCACUCGUCAGAAUUAGGGGCGGAACUUCAAGAAAGACUUAAUAGGAUUAUAGGUAAGUAG